AGAAUUCAGGUGGUGCUGGCAGUAGCGGACGUCAGCGAGAUGGUAAGUGUUGUGUUGUAUAGUUCCUCCCACCUGGACGAUGAAGUUGGCUUAUGGUGAGCGUUCGUGUUGUUUCCAUAACAUGCCUCAAUAGCCGGGUAGCGAGACUCGUAAUUAUUUGAAUGUUGGUGCUUGCAAUAUUUACAGGUUGUUGGCAAUGGUAUCAUUCACUCUGCACAUCCUCAUUAAUAUGAGAGCAGAAGUCACCAGAUACUUUAGGUGGCUUUUGCUCAUUAGCCUAGUUAUGUUCUAGUCUACUGAAACCAUUGCUUGAGACACGAAAUUGGGGAAAUUAUUAGAGGUAUUUUUCUCGAAGGAACUGGAAAUUUUCCGAGGACAAACUAGGAACUCUGUUGAUAACUCAAACAAAACAAACUGUUGUAAAUUAUCCACCUGGCAAAUAUUUAAUUUACCAAACUAAAAAUAUUUGUAUGCAAUGUGCAGAGUUUUAAUGAGACCAUUUAUAAAUUGUAAUUCACUAAGGAGUUUAUAAUUAAGUCUUUAAUGACCUUCUUGGUUGUAAUGUAAUGAUCUAGUGAGACUAACUCAUCUUAUGACUUUUUCUGGAUCCAACUACUUUCGACGAGUAAUCAAAUCCUGGAAUUAUUUGCCAACUAGCGUCCCGAGUGGCUUACCAGAGGUUCAAGAGAAAACUUGACAUAUCAUUAACACUUCAAAGUAGUUCGCACUAUAACUUGCCAAUGUCUCACUGGCCCGCUAAAUAUACCUACAUUUCUACCCGAAGGCUUCAGUGAUCCCCUGUUUCUAGAUACGAUUUAAAGGUGUCUCCCCAUUUUUAAAACAGUUUACAAGUUUCAUUCGGUAGUUGUCUAACUUAAAUGCCGUAAGGGCAUCUGAUAAGAUGUCCAAGUUUCACAUGCGUUGCAAUACUUGAGCUACAAAGUACAAUUCUAUUUUAACCAUAAUUACUUGUAGCUGUUGCCUUAGAGUGCUAGAUUGCGGUUGUUCAAUUGGAGUUGCCUGUUAAAUCAACGAAUUGUCGACUUAUCCAUAACGCUUGUCCAUGUGCUUCGUAGAUUGUUUACGUUUAUGAUUUGUCAAGUUGCUCAUGAGUACUUUAAAGCCAUCAGAAUGAUUUUUGAAUUUUCUCCCCUAGGUGAAAUUCACGGUAGAUGAGCUGCGUCGGAUGAUGGAUUAUAAGCGGAAUAUUCGCAAUAUGUCCGUCAUAGCACACGUAGAUCAUGGGAAGUCCACACUUACAGAUUCACUUGUCUGCAAGGCCGGCAUUAUUGCUGAUUCACGCGCUGGAGAUGCUCGGUUUACAGACACUCGGAAAGAUGAACAAGAAAGGUGCAUCACUAUCAAAUCAACAGCCAUCAGCUUAUAUUAUGAAAUGUCAAAUGAAGAUAUCCAGUGCGUUAAAGCAGUUCAGCCUAUCGCUGUUAACUCAGAAGGAAAAGAAGAAAACGGGUUUCUCAUAAACCUCAUAGAUUCACCAGGGCACGUCGAUUUCUCCUCAGAAGUCACUGCAGCCCUUCGUGUAACAGAUGGAGCUCUUGUCGUAGUUGAUUGUGUAUCAGGUAAUUUGCUUUUAAAUUAUGGUAUUUUGUUAGGUGUCUGUGUACAAACUGAAACGGUUCUACGUCAGGCUCUCACAGAACGGAUCAAACCAGUAUUAUUCAUGAAUAAGAUGGAUAUGGCAGUCACGACUCUGAGCUGUGAUAUGGAAGAACUUUAUCAAAAGUUCCAGAGAGUGGUUGAAAACGUCAACGUCAUAAUUUCAGAGUUUGAAACAUCUAAUAACGCAAUGGGUGAUCUGGCGUUAGAUGUUGUGAAAGGGACUGUAGGUUUCGGUUCCGGUUUGCAAAGUUGGGCCUUCACAUUGAUGACAUUUGCUAGACUUUACUCAAGCAAAUUCGGAAUUGAACCAAGUGUAUUGGUUAAACGUUUUUGGGGUGACAACUUCUACAAUGUUAAAACAAAGAAAUGGACCAAAGAAAAACCAGCUUCUGACGGCGUUCGUGGUUUUAACCAGUUUAUACUGUCACCGAUCUACAAGGUUUUUGAUACUAUCAUGAAGAAAAGUAAGGAAGAACAGAUCGAAUUGCUAACGAAGAUGGGUGUAACGCUAAAUGAAGCUGAGAUGUCCCUUCCUGACAAACAACGACUGAAAACAGCAUUACAUAAGUGGCUUCCUGCUGGCGACUCGCUUCUGCAAAUGAUAUGCAUUCAUCUCCCUAGUCCUGUCACUUCACAGCAGUACAGAAUAGAAAUGCUUUACGAAGGACCCAUGGAAGAUGAGGCGGCUAUUGCAAUGAAAAACUGUGAUCAAAAUGGUCCAGUCAUGAUGUACAUUAGUAAAAUGGUACCGACUUCAGAUAAAGGUAGGUUUUAUGCAUUUGGCCGUGUGUUCUCUGGUACAAUUGGGACAGGACAAAAAGUAAGAAUAACUGGCCCCAACUACGUUCCAGGGAAAAAAGAAGAUCUUUACGAAAAGUCUAUUCAACGAACUGUACUUAUGAUGGGUCGUUACACAGAAGCGAUUGAGAAUGUUCCAUGUGGAAACAUCUGUGGGUUAGUAGGAGUGGAUCAGUUUAUUGUCAAAACUGGCACCAUUACGACAUUUGCGGGGGCUCAUAACUUGAAGCAAAUGAAAUUUAGUGUCAGUCCUGUGGUCCGCGUUGCAGUUGAAUGUAAAAAUCCUGCUGAAUUGCCAAAGCUUCUUGAAGGCUUGAACCGUCUUUCCAAAAGUGAUCCUAUGGUCCAAAUAACGCAGGAGGAGUCGGGUGAACACAUCAUCGCAGGUGCUGGUGAGCUACAUCUUGAAAUUUGCCUCAAGGAUCUCAUGGAAGAUCAUGCCGCCAUUCCUUUAAAAGUAAGUAAUCCCGUAGUUUCCUAUCGUGAGACGGUAACGGAGGAGUCAAAUCAGACCUGUCUGUCGAAAUCCCCUAACAAACAUAAUCGUCUGUACAUGCGUGCCUUACCUUUAUCAGAAGAAUUAUCACAAGACAUUGAUAACGGAAAAAUCUGCUCUAAUCAGGAUAUAAAAGAUCGUUCUCGUUAUCUAGUAGACAACUACGGAUGGGAUGCUACAGAAGCUAGGAAGUUAUGGUGCUUUGGUCCAGAGAACACAGGACCUAAUGUUGUGGUCGAUACCACUAAGGCAGUUCAAUAUUUAAAUGAAAUAAAAGAUAGCGUUGUCGCUGCGUUCCAGUGGGCAACUAAAGAAGGUGUUCUUUGUCAAGAACAUAUGCGUGGAGUCCGUUUCAAUCUCAUAGAUGUAGUACUGCACGCAGACGCUAUCCACCGUGGAGGUAAUCAAAUCAUAGGUACAGCACGUCGAUGCUUCUAUGCUUCCGUUCUUACUGCCAAACCAUGCUUACUAGAACCAGUUUAUCUGGUAGAAAUCCAAGGACCGGCCACUGCUAUGGGAGGCAUCUACAGUACUUUGAAUCGCAAGAGGGCCAUCACACUUUCGGAAGAACGAAAAGCUGACAGUCCAAUGUGUAUUACCAAAGCUUAUAUGCCGGUUAAUGAAUCUUUCGGUAACUCAUUCUUAGUAACUUAAUAUUGUUUUAGGCUUCACGACUGAUCUUCGUGCUGCAACUGGCGGGCAAGCUUUUCCUCAGUGUGUCUUCGACCAUUGGCAGAUUUAUCCUGGUGAUCCUCUCGACGAAAACUCAAAGCCUGGACAGGUAGUUGUGGAGGCGCGAAAACGUAAGGCUUUAAAAGCAGGUGUUCCUCCCUUAGAUAACUUCUUGGAUAAACUAUAACACCUGACCUUGUACAAUGUCUCUACUAAUUAAUAAAUUAAUUUCUUCAUUGG